CGCCUCGGCCCUUUCCGCCCGUGCUUCGGCGCCGCUCGGCUCCCCUCCCGCCCCGAAUUCCCUCCCUCUUUUUUUCUCUCUCUCCCAGCCCGGGACCGCCGCGAGCUCCGGACGGCUACUUUGCCGCGGCGUCUUGCGCGCGGCAGCUGCGGCUCACCUGGGCGCCCACUCCUAGCCCCGCGCCUCGUCCCCCCAGAUUCCUCCGAGACCUGCGGGCUGCUGGGGGACCGGCGGCCGCCCCGCGCCCGGAGGUCGUUCCCUCGCAUCCUCCGGGCCGCGGAGAGGAAGAGGCGGCAGCGGCCGGAGCCGGCGUGGGGGCGGCAGCCUGAGGUGAGAACCCGGCCGGCCCCGCUGGGAAUAUGGCGACCGGUGGCUACCGGACCAGCAGCGGCCUCAGCGGCAGCACCACAGACUUCCUGGAGGAGUGGAAGGCGAAACGCGAGAAGAUGCGCGCCAAGCAGAACCCCCCGGGCCCGGCCGCCCCGGGAGGGGGCGGCAGCGACUCCGGGAAGCCCCCGGCGGCCGCCGCGGCUAACGAGCUCAACAACAACCUCCCGGGCGGCGCGGCCGCACCUGCCGCCCCCGCUCCCGGGGGCGUGAACUGCGCGGUCGGCCCCGCCGCGCUGGCCCGCGCAGCCCCGGUCCCGCGGCGGCCGGAGGACGAGCCCCCCGCCGCCGCCUCGGGGGCGCCGCCGCCCCGGGGCGAUGAGGAGGAGCGAGACGGCGGCUCGGAGAAGGGCAAGAGCUCGGGCCCCAGCGCCAGGAAAGGCAAGGGGCAGAUCGAGAAGAGGAAGCUGCGCGAGAAGCGGCGCUCCACCGGCGUGGUCAACAUCCCCGCCGCGGAGUGCUUAGAUGAGUAUGAAGAUGAUGAAGCAGGGCAGAAAGAGCGGAAACGAGAAGAUGCAAUUACGCAGCAGAACACAAUGCAGAAUGAAGCCGCGAGCUUACUAGAUUCAGGAGGUUCCUAUCUACUACAUGAGUCAUCCAGAACAGUUUCAGGCAGAUACAAGAGUACAACCACUGCCUCUGAAGAAGAUAUCUCAAGUAGAUACCCACGAACAGAUAGAAGUGGGUUCACUAGAUAUAACAGGGAUGUAAAUGUUUCAGGUAAUUUGGCCUCAAGUAGCACAUUGGAAAAGAAAAUUGAAGAUCUUGAAAAGGAAGUAGUAAGAGAAAGGCAAGAAAACCUAAGACUUGUGAGACUGAUGCAAGAUAAAGAGGAAAUGAUCGGAAAACUCAAAGAAGAAAUUGACUUGUUAAACAGAGACCUAGAUGACAUAGAAGAUGAAAAUGAACAACUAAAGCAGGAAAAUAAAACGCUUUUGAAAGUUGUUGGGCAGCUGACAAGGUAGAAGAUUCAAGGCUCAGUGUGGAAUAAAUAUUUUAAAACUACUGAUUGAAUGUUAUGGUCAAUGCUAGGAUGAUAUUCCUAUGCUGCAAUACAUUAAAAUAACGAAGUAUGUAUAUUUAUUUCUAGAAAAUGGAUGGAUGUUUAUUUUCAAAAUAUUUCAUUUUCAUUAUUAGUUUCAAAAAAGUAUCUGCCCUUUUUAUUUCACAAAUAAGUAAUAUCUUUCAGUUAUUAAAAUGAUAGGUAAUACCUUUUAGGUUUUGUGUGGUAUUCAAAUAAUACAUGAUUUAAAGUCACAACCCUUUAAAUAUAUUUUAUCUUUGGUAGCACAUUCUCUCCCUGAAGGAAUAUACAUAGUCUUUGUUUACAUGAAUUCAGAUACUUUUGGGGAGUUACUUAUAAAUGCCUUAUCACUGAUGUGUGCAACCUUUUAUAUGUUGAUGACUUACUCAUAAAGGUUUUUGUCUACUGUUCUUUCCACUUAUUCUAAGCAAUUUAGAGUAACAGUCACACUAUUUUGUAUAACAAUAUUUUAAAAGAAAAGCUAUUUUAAAAGUCACUUAAUGUCAUGUUCUUGUUAGCUAAAUAUAAAUUUAAGAGAAUACUUGAAUUGUGGUAUAGUAAAUGAAAAUUUACUAUUUUGUGUUUGAAUAUUAAAAAACUUUAAAAUAACUUACUUCUGAAAAACAUACAAUUGUAAUUUUAAUGUAAAAUUUUUUAUGUAGGUACUAUCUUUUUUUGUUUUAUUGUUCCAAGGUUUAUUAGUGAACAUGGGAUAUUUAAAAAGUUGUUUAUUCUUUGGGCCUGGAAAAUGUGUACAAUUUCAGUGCAUAAGAAAAAAAAUUAUAUUUUUAUUAUAUAACCAUAUGCAUUAAAAUCAAAACCAAAAUAUUUUAUCCACACUUAAAACACCUGCACAUAUAUUAACAAAAAAUAUAUAAGCAGAAAUAAUACUAAAAUAUUUUGCCUAAUUUCUAAAUUGGAUAAUAACAUUGUAACUAUUUUUUACAUGAGAGCAUAUUCCCUUAUCACAAAUUUAAAGGAUUUUCUUCCUAACAUUGAAUUUUUUAAAACAAUUAUUUUUAAAGAAUUAUAUAAAUUUUCUCUUGUAAUAAUUAUCAUUAGCAUUUAGGAUUGUUUUAUAUUACAUUUUCAUGUUGAGUUAGCAUUCCUCCCCCCCCAAAAAAAAAAAACAAAUAAACAUUAUAAAAUGGUUGCCUGAUAGUGUAAUCUCAAACAGCAGUACUAAUAUCCUUUUAUCUAGUUUAUGUAUGAAAGUGGCUUGAACAUAGUAAAAUCCAUUUUGGGUACCCUACUGACUUUUUCCUUCAUUAGUUGUUAUUCACUGUUAGAAAAAUAGAGAAGGUAAGACAAUUAGGAAAAAAUGUGGAGUAAAUGACAAAUAACCAGAUGUUGAAUUGUAAAACUCUCUGCCUUUACCUAGGUUAGCUUUACCCACUCCCCAGUUCAGAAGUUUCAAACUUGGCUGAUCAUCAGAAUCACUUGAGGAAGUUAAAAAGAAUUCCCUUGCUAUAGCUCCUAGAUAGGUUUAUGUUGAGACCCUAGACUCUAGAAUUUUUAGAGCUUAUUGUCUAAUGAUUCCAAUCAUAGCUAGUUUUGGAAACAGCUGCUGUUGUGUCUUUAUUCCCAGAAGUAUCUUCUAUUGAAAACCCAGAAUUGGCAUAAUUUUAACUCCUGGCCUUUUUGUUUUGCCCUUUUAGUUUAUUUAAUAAUUAUUCUGGUCUCUGGGGCAGUUCUCAUACGUCCAUAAUUUCUAUAUAUAUUCACUGCUCACAAAAAGUUCAAUGUUAGAUUACCAAAUUUGAUGUAGUUGCAGAAUUACUACAUAAGGGCUUCCUUCUUGGAGACUUGUACUCUGCAUGGGAACAGUGAUCUGCCCACAAGUAAAGGUGGUAUGCCAGUCACAGUACCCCACCACUGAGGUACUCAGUUUAGUUACCCUUAGGUACAUAGCAAAAAUGUCCUUAUUGCCUAGGUCCUCAUCGACACUUUGGAUGUUGUGAAAAUGCUGCCAAUAUCCAACCUUAAGAUAUAUUAGUAUAUUGGUUGUUCAUUAAAAGAAUUGAUUUGAAUUUUCUACUUAACAUAUAGAUAAAAGAACAUUUCAUUUCACUUUAAAAUUAUAUUAAUUUUAAUGCUUCUAAAGACUGAGAGGUUUCAAAUUUUUUUUCAGUUUAUUUGGAACAUUUUGAGCCAUGAUGUUUGCUUUUUUAACAUAAUGAUACCAAAUAAAAAUACAGGAGCCUUACAACUUAGGCAGAACAUUUCGCAUGCAGCCCUUCCCCAUCUCCUUGAAAUAUGUAUUUAUUUCACAAACAGAUUUUUACACCAACUAUUGAAAAAUAAUCUAGAAUCUGCUACAAUUUCCCCCUAACAUUUGUAAAAAGUGUUUAGAUUUUAAAAAGGUAGCUUAAGUACAUGUGCACUAUUCUAGAAAACUUGGCUGUUGUCAAUAAAGUGCAGUUAUUUGUGAAAUUA